UCUCAUUUGACGGCCGGAAUAGGAAGAGAAUUUACCCGAUGUUUUAUAUCUUUUUCAUUAUCUUAACGUAUGGAGUAUGAACGAAUGCUGAUUGAUUGAUUGAUUCUAAUGCUGUUGCUGUUGAUAACAUAUGUUGUAUCUGACACUGGACUCAUGACUGACUUGGCCAUCACAUCCUGGAUGUGUUUAGUUUGUUAUGUCUUCUUUUUUUUUUUGCCCUUGUGGAUUGUUUUGAAAGGUAGUAGCUGCAAAGCUCUGUUGCUACUUUUUUGUUACUUAUUUGCUUAGGUAUCUUUAUACCCUUUAUUACAUAUCGGUUGC